CUUUGAGGUAGUCGAUGCACCUGCCAUGGCGCAGCCCACUCUGGCAGAGCUUGAGGAGUCCUGGCGCAAAGGAGCCAAGGUUGAGGCACAAUCGCUUUCCUACGGCGAUGGAGAGUGGUAUGAGGUGAAGGUCUUGCAACUGGAUGCCAAAGCGGAAGCUCCAGCAAAGGUUCACUUCGUCGGCUUUGGGGACGACGAGGACGAAUGGCUGCCUUUGCGCCACCUGCGUCUUCAGGCCACUUCUAGCUCCAGCUCUGGCGAGGCGAAGAAGGAUGCUGCCUUUCCGCUCUCCGAGCUGCUGAAGGCCUUCUGCAGCACCGAGCGUUUGGUACAGAAGGUCCACAAGAGAACCGGCCUCACUGUGGAGGAGUUGCAGCAGCUGCAGGGGCUGCAGCCGGAGAAGUUGCAGGCAGAGUUCAAGUUCUUCAAGGUUGAGAUGAAUAGCGCCAUCUCUUUCGAUGAGUUCGCCACGUACCUGGCAAGGAUUCAUCAACGGGCUUGCGGUUUCAGUGAAGCGGGCGGCAAGUCCCAGGAGCCGGACAUGCUGAGAUUGGAGUUGGAAAGAAGCAGCAAGCUGCAGAGUCAAGUCGCGAUGUUGGAGAAGCAGGUGGCUUCGAUUUCGGAGCGCUUCAACAUAACGGCGGAGCAGGUGCAGACCAAGCAGGCCGUCGAAGCCCUGCAGAAGCAGGUUGCGGCCGUUAUAGAGAGACUGGACUCUGAGCUGCCAAAGGUUGCAGCCAUGAGCCAAGUGGAUGCCGCACUGGGACAGGUUGAGACUCUGCAAAAGCAGGUCGCUACCCUCUCAGAGAAGUUCGAUUCCUCUCCAAAGGUUGAGAGCAGCUCCUCUCCAGUUCUGCAGCAGCAGGUGGAGGCCCUCGCAGAGCAGCUGGACGCCGCCAGCGAGCAGGUGGAGCAUUGCAAGGCGCAAACCGAGCAGGCGGUUGGCAUGGUGGAACGCUUGGCCGAAACACUCCAGAAGCAGGCCAUGGACUCCUACAACAUGGAGCAGGCCUUCAUCAGGUCUGAGAGCAAGAUGAUCGGUCUUCAGGCCUCCUCAGUCAGCGUCCUCGAGGGCCGGCUCCGCGUGUUCGUGAAGUCCGAGCUCGACGGGGCUGUGGUGGAAUCCAUGGAGGAUUGCCGGGUCUUCCCGAGACUCCAGGCCUUGGAAGAAGGCCUCCAAAAACUGUCGGAGGUGGCGGAGAAGGAGUGCCGCUGGCUGCGGGAAGCCGUGGAGGCUCUCAGUGAGAGUCUUGGCAUGGAGCUGACGUCGAACCCUGCGAAGGCAUCGCCGAGCGCGAGUCCAAAUAUGAAGAGCCGUACAGAUGCAUCGCCAUCUCGUCCAAGCAUGGCGCACCUGGCCUCACCGGAGGGUCGCAACGCGGCCCUCUUUGAACGUUUGGACGCGGAUGGGGACGGGGACGUGAGCCUCCAGGAGUUCCACAAAGCCCAGGUGCUCGAUAGCCAGCUGAAGGCGCAGAUCUAUGAUCAGCUAGACACCGACCUUGAUGGCCGGGUGAGCCGCGAAGAAUUCCUGGCAGCGCAGGUCUCGCCCGUGUGGCCACAAAGUCGGCCAAGUGAGGGUCGCGGCAGCACCCCAGAUCGCGGAAGUGUCUCGUUUCCUGCCAGCAGCGCGAAUGUGGUUGAGGGCGAGUGGCCACUCAUCACAGCCAUACUCGCGGAGGAUUCUGCUAGGGCCACGUCUUUGCUGCGGAGCAAAGCUGACAUCGGAGGCCAAGACCAGGAGGGCUGUACAGCACUGCACCGUGCUUCUGCCCUGACAGGCUUGGCGGCUGUGCGCAGCAUGCUGCUGGAGAUGGGCGGGGCAUUCAUGUCCUCCCUGAGGGACCUUCACAUGCGGACCGCCUUACAUCAUGCAGCUCUAGCGGGUUGCGUCGAAGCGUGCCAGCAGCUCCUCGACGCGCCCAACUUUCACGACGUAGACCGGCGAGCGCUGCAUGGUCGUACAGCGCUCCACUUGGCCGCUGAGUACGGCCAUGCAGAGGUGUGUCGAGCGCUCUUGGAUCACAAGCGCUUCACGGUGGUUGAUGUGAGCUCCCCGUUCAGUCUCGCGGGGGUGAUGGCACAUCUAGCAGACGUCUUGACUUGCUACAGCGCUCGUCCUGAGUUGGCGGAGCUCUUUCACAGCCCCGGGGACAUCCUCGAUUUCCAGAAGGCGUCGGUCCUGAUGGCGGAAAAGACGAUUUGGGAGCUUGCUUUGGGACACAUCUUGGCGCUGAUCUUUAUCCCAUCUGGGUUUGCAGGUACUUUCUUGCUCUACCGAAUCUUCAAGCCUCAGUAUAGAUGGCUUCGCUGGCCUUUUGUUCUAUUGAACUUUGCCUUCUAUGUGGCAGGUGCUCUGAUGCACUGCUCUUUUACUUUCGUGGGGCUUCUUGUUAGCGCCCCCUCGCGGGGACAUGCUGUACCAGCAGGCCUCUAUGCAGACUUCAAGCCCUUCUUUGAGAUCAUUUGCCACCUCGUGGGUGAAACUGCUAUGCUUCCAGGCUGCAUCUUCAGCUUCGUCCUCCUAGCAGCGGGCAUGACCGAACUCCCACGCUGGACCGCGCUCCUCACAACAGGCCCACUGCAGUUGCUGGUGGCCGUUGUUGCUCCACUCAUGCCGUUGAAUAUCCGAAUGUACAUGCUGGUCACAACCUAUAACCUCUCCAGUGGCAUAUGGCACCUGACAAUGGCCGCAAGCUACUGGCUCAGACUCCGCGCAAAGGAGUCCUAG